AUGGCACCGAGAAGUGUUUUGGUGACCGGAGCGAAUCGAGGAAUUGGACUUGGAAUUGUGAAGCAGCUCAUUUCGCACAAAGAUAUUGAAAUUAUCAUCGCAACUUGUAGAGAUUUUGAAAAAGCGCAGGAGCUGAAAUCUAUAAAUGAUCAUCGCCUUCAUGUUUUGCAAUUAGACGUCGACAGUGAUGAAUUUGAUUGGAUUUCCUUUUUUUGGGUUGAUGAAAUUGUCGGCGAGAAAGGUCUUACUGUGCUCCUCAACAAUGCUGGAAUUUUAUUGCCGUAUAAUGUUGAAGAACCAAUUGAUCGUCGAACGAUCAUCCGCCAACUCGAGACGAAUUCGGUUUCGGUUGCCAUCAUCACGCAAAAAUUUUUGCCGUUGCUCAAAAAAGCGGCGGCGCAACGAAACGACGAAUCGGUAUCGAUUAAUCGAGCGGCGAUUAUCAAUAUCUCGUCAACGGCGGCGUCGGUGGAGAAAAUCGAUGGAACAUUCAACGGACCACUAGUUGCUUAUCGAAUGAGCAAAUCUGCGCUGAAUUCGUUCGCCAAAUCUUGCUCGAUUGAUUUGGCAAAAUAUCAUAUUCUCGUCACUUCAUUUUGUCCGGGAUGGGUUCAAACUGAUAUGGGCGGAGCGAAUGCACUUCUUACGGUCGCCGAUGCUACGAAAACUCUCGUUGACAACAUAUUGUUGUUGAAUGGCGACCAUCAUGGAAAAUUCCUUCAAAGCGAUUUGCAAAUAAUUCCAAAUUAG